AUGAAGGUUGAUGUACAAGUCAUUUCCAGAUGUACAAUCAAGCCAUCUUCCCCAACCCCUGAUCAUCUUCAACAUUACCCGCUCUCUUUUCUUGAUCAAAUAAACCCUCCUGUUUUUAUGCCUCUUGUACUCUUUUAUCCAUCUGAUCAGAACCAUCUCAUCACCAGUACUCCAGGUCCAGGCAAACUAAACCAGCUCAAGAAAUCUCUAUCGGAGGCCUUAACCAGAUUCUAUCCUCUAGCGGGACGGCUCAUUGACAACACCUACGUCGACUGCAAUGACGAGGGCAUUCCCUAUGUCGAAGCUCGGGCUAGCUGCAGACUUUCGGACUUUCUUGACAAUCCCAUCCCUGGAGAACUCAACAAAUUUCUCCCUUUUGAUUUGGAUGAUGUGAAAGAUAUUGGGAUGGUUAUCCAAGUUACUUUAUUCGAAUGCGGUGGAGUUGCUGUAGGAGUAGCCAUUUCUCACAAGAUUGCGGAUGCCACGUCACUUUUCUUGUUUGUAACCAGCUGGGCUACCAUUUCCCGCAGGGACAGCCAUGAGACACGGUCCCCAAUCUUUGAAUCUGCUGCCAUCUUUCCACCUAGAGAUGUUGCAGGCUAUAACCAUGCCCUGGGUAUGGUGAAAAAGGACGAAAUUGUGACCAAGAGGCUUGUAUUUACCGCCUCAAAGAUCGCUUCUCUUCGCGAGAAGUAUACAACUAACAGUAAUACCGCAACUGGUGAUGAAUAUCAUCAAAUACGUCCAACUAGGAUUGAGGCGCUAUCAGCUUUCAUUUGGACUCGUUUCCUGACAGCCACCGCCGGACACAAAGAUAACCGCGAUAAAAUGUACAUGUUAAAUCAUGCGGUGAACCUAAGACCAAGGAUGCAUCCGCCUUUGUCGGAAUGUUAUUUUGGUAAUCUCAGCAGGCCAGCUAUAACCAUACCUUCAUUUGACAACGAUGAACAAGGUUAUGGGAUUGUGAAUCAAGUGAGAGAUGCAAUACGUAAUGUGGGAGGAGAUCAAUACGUAACUAAACUUCGCGAAGGUGAUAAGCAUUUGAACUUCAUCAAGGAGAGAGCUAAGCUGGUGAACAAAGGCGAGGUGGUUUCGUUUAGCUUUACUAGCUUGUGUAGGUUUCCAUCAUAUGAAGCUGAUUUUGGAUGGGGGAAGCCAGUAUGGAUUGGUUCGGCCAGCCUCACCUUUAAAAACCUUGUUGUUUUCUUGGAUACACAGUCUGGAGAUGGCAUAGAGGCGUGGAUUAAUAUGAAGUUGGAAGACAUGGCUAAACUUGAAGCUGACAAGGAGUUGCUUAAGUAUGUUUCCACAAGCACUGAUGCUAAAACUUAAUUUGCUCUCUAUGCUUCUCGAUAUGGAUGUCAAAUUGGAGCUUGAGCUCGAGAUUUCGUUGAUAUUGGAAUAGAGCACUAAUG